AAUUCCUCCCGCAUCCCUGCUUUGCUACUUUGUGUUUUCUGGACCCAUGACUCCCUUCUCACCCUUGGAAAAAAAUCUCCAUCUUGUUCUAGAACCCUUUCCAUCGUGCUUUGUAGCCGAUGCGUGCCUAAUGCUCACCGGAGCCCUAUUGUGAAAUCAAUAUCUAAUUGCAGCACAAAGAGAUUCUUCGGCCGUGCAGUCCACACAAUCAGGGACUGGAGUAAUGAAUACCGACACAACUGCCAAGGGCAAUUGCGAAACUCCACGCUAUCUGUACAAACUUUCAUUCCGGAUUACCUCUGCAAAAUCGGUUGUCCUCGCAAAAAUUACGCUGAGAACUAGGGAAUGCUAUUAGCAUCUCCUUGCUAGGCAAUUUUCAUUAACACGUUCGGCACUGGAACUGAAUACCAGUAAGGCCAAGAGGCAGGAACUUCAGAACUGAUAGCCAACCACAAUGUCGUUUAAUAUCACCAUCGGUCCCAGCCCAAACGAUUCAGACCAGUCUUUGUCCGACGAGGAAGACUCGUCGGGAGUUCAAGUAUCCCCACCAUCAGAUUCCGAAAGUCAUGGAUACCAUGAUCCUUAUGAAGAAUGGGCACAUCUUCCGUAUCCUGACGAGUUAAAGCCAUCCGAUUCGGCGUCUCGACCCCGGAUGUCGCGUCGUACGCGUACUCGGACUACGAUCCAUGGCUCGUCUUCAGCCCCGAGCCGUCGACACUCCACAAGACACCACCACAUGUUGCCGGAACGUGACACCUUUUCCCGGCGUUCCCGUCGCCAACCUUCCCCAGAAUCCCCGGAAAGCGCUGAUUCAGCGGAAGAGUACGGAAGUGCUUAUGGCCAGACAUCUCAAGAAAGGCGGUUUUGGUCAUCUGUGCCUCAAACUUCGGGAUAUGCCCACAGUUCAUCCCCUGGACAGUCUUAUGUCUAUUCAAAUGGUGCUUCUAUACCACAUGGGCCAUUCAUGCAUCCAGCAGGCCUUCCACCUCCGUCUGACCAGCUUAUAAGGCUAGGUCAGCAUGGUCAAGUUAGCCAACAGACUCCGUACGCCCACCCAACCUAUGGAUAUACCUCUCAGUUACAACAACAACCUCAUGGCCCUAUGCCAUCAUUUUAUGUUCACGAACAUAACCCCGGACACCAUGGACACCCCGUUCCGACAGGAUCCUCCCAUAGCCGAGGGGAUGUGCAUAAUCCAGCCCAACAUUCAAUGUCGCAUCAUGUCACAACGCAUGGCUCAUCUCCAUAUGGUGGACCUCCAAUGAGCCCUCAUGAACUAGUUCCUUAUGGUCCAGGUAACUAUUACCCCUUCAGAGAACCGUACCCUAUGGUCCCUGGAAUGAUAUCGCCAUAUUUCAAUUCAUAUCAACGUGUGCCAUCCCCAAGUCAAGUUGAGUCGCAUGAAUCACCUUCUCCUACACCUGCAGACUCAGCAAAGGAUGAAGCAAUCGCAAGGCUAGAGAAAUUGAUUCUAGAGGAACGGACUGAACGCGAAGCCCGUGAAGCUCGAGAAGCAGCCAGGCAAGCCGCAAUUGAUCAAGAAGCCGCCGAACACGCCGCGAGAGAAGAGCGGGCUGCGCAUGAAAAGAAAAUAGCAGAGGAAGCUGCUGCUCAUGCAAGGGCGGAAGCGGAGCAGAAAGCUGCAGAAGAGGCUGCAAAGGCAAAGAAGGAGGCGGAAGAAGCGGCGGCGGCGGCGAUAGCGGAAGCUACCGCAGCUGCCACGGAGGCUGCGAAUGCAGCAGCAGCAGAGGCAGUUGCAGCCGCGACAGCAGCCGCUGCAACCCCGCCUCCCCCGGAAAAAAAAAAGCCCAUCAAGUUCAAGGAUGCUGUUGGCCGAAAAUUCAGUUUUCCAUUCGAUUUAUGCUGUACCUGGCAGGGGAUGGAAGAACUCAUACGACAAGCCUUUCUUCAUAUAGAGGUAAUCGGCCCUCAUGUCGCAGAAGGCCAUUACGAUUUGGUAGGCCCCAAUGGCGAUAUAAUUCUCCCCCAGGUUUGGGAAACUGUUAUCGAACCUGAUUGGACUAUAACAAUGCACAUGUGGCCUAUACCCGAGAAGCCAAAAACUCCCGAUCCAGUUCUACCCCCAGACCCACCUAUGCCACAAGACAUACCCCCUUCGGAAACACCCGCAGUGACAGAUGAUGCGGCUGUAGUUAUACUUGAGGCGCCAAAAAAGAAAACCGAACCCCCUGGCCCCAAAAAGCCACGCCCCAAAGCACCAGACCCUGGUUCAUUCGCCAUGUGGAUGGUUGGUGGUAACCGUUUAAGGCUCAACAGGGCUUUAAAAACGGGAAAAAAGCCUAAAGCAACUCAGCACGGAAUCUCUUGCCGUGUUAUGUGAAGUGACUCGGAAUCUACGGAUUUGUCCUCAAUUAUACAGUCCACAUUAAGAGUCAUAUUCGAUAUGAUGAGCACUUGAUUUGGGCAAGUCUAUCUCAGUGUGGUGGAAAUUCUGCUAAGAUGAGGGGGAUACAUAUCCCCUGUCUCUAUACUAACCUGGGUCAGACUUUCUACAACAUUUUUGUGGCGAAUGUUGUGGAUAUCGAGUUGUCUCCGAUUUGUUCUGCUUUAGAGGGGCAUGGCUUUUCCUCUCGUCUUUUCGGGAUUGGUUUCUCAUGCUCCUGGUGGUGGUGGUUUGUAGCUCCCUUCCUAGAUGGUUGGCAU